GUCUGGCAAGGGGCAGACACAGUCUUCGCUCGAUCGUCGGAGAAAGCAGUCGGAAAGAUAGCCCUAAAAUGAAGGUCUUUGUCGCCAUCUGUGUGCUGAUUAGCCUGGCCUCGGCUGAUUACGUGGUCAAGAACCGCCACGACAUGCUGGCCUACCGGGAGGAGUGCGUCAAGGAACUGGCUGUCCCUGCGGAUCUUGUUGAGAAGUUCACCAAGUGGGAGUACCCCAACGACCCCAAGACCCAGUGCUAUCUCAAGUGCGUCUUCACCAAGUGGGGCCUGUUUGAUGUGGAGAACGGUUUCAACGUGGAGAACGUUCACCAGCAGCUGGUGGGCACUCACGCCGACCAUGACAGCGUUGCCCACGAGAGCCUUGCCCAGUGCGUUGACAAGAACGAGCAGGGCUCCAACGCCUGCGAGUGGGCCUACCGCGGAGCCACUUGCCUGCUGAAGAACAACCUGGAGCAGAUCAAGAAGAGCCUGGCCCCCAAGGCCUAGAGGGUUGAUUAGCCGUAGUUACUAAUAAGCAUUAAUUAAGUUAAUAAACACCUUGACUUUUCGACAAGUUA